AUGGCAGCAAAACUAGAAGAAGUCAGCACAGCACCUACUGAGGGUGUCGGAAUCGCCGGCGCUACAAACUCAGAGAAGCAAUCGGAGACUCCCGCGCCUGCGUCCGCAGCAAAACAAGACGAAACCCUCACCGAAAAGACGGGAGUCGAAGAUGCAACCGCCGGUGUGGCUGACCUCGCAGUUUCCGACAAGGAUGUCUCAGCAAAGAAGGAAGAAGAAGCCGCUGCAGGUGUAGCUGCGCCUACUACCGGUACCACACCAUCCACAACCGGCCCAACCUGGCCAGAUACCGCGCCGGAACAUCCGCUCACGAAGUUCUACGACGUAUUCGAAACUCUCGUAGCUGAAGCCGCUCACAACGAAGUCUAUGGCAUCGAGUUGUCCAAAACAAGCCCCUUCCACACCAAGCUCAUUCUCCAGAAAUUUCUCCGCGCGAAUCAAAAUGAUCUCGAAAAGGCGAAGCAGCAGUUGCUUGACACGCUAAAGUGGCGCAAGGAGUUUGAUCCGACCAAAGCGGCGAGCGAGAGCUUUGAGAGGCGUAGGUUCGACGGGCUGGGUUACGUGCUUGAGGUGGAGGGUGUGCCAGAAAGCCCUAACAAGACGGACGUUGUUACGUUCAACAUUUAUGGCGCAGUCAAGGACAACAAGGCUACUUUUGGGGAUCUGGAAGGGUUCCUCAGAUGGCGUGUAGGCCUCAUGGAGAAGUCGGUUCUAAAACUGAACCUCUCCAAUGCCACCCAACCCAUCCCCGACUACAACGAAGGCCCCGACCCUUACCAAGGUUUCCAAAUCCACGAUUACCUCCGAGUCUCCUUCUUACGUCAGGACCCCCUCGUCAAAGCCGCCACCAAGAAAACUAUUGAGAUACUCGGCCACCACUACCCCGAAACGCUUUCGCGGAAGUUCUUCGUGAAUGUGCCGGUCGUCAUGGGAUGGCUCUAUUCAGCCAUGAAGAUGGUCAUUGCGAAGGAGACUGUCAAGAAGUUCACAGUGUUGAGCUAUGGAAAUCAGUUGGUUACUGAGUUAGGACCAAAUAUCCCCAAGGUCUAUGGCGGCAACGCUGGGGAGCUCAGCGAGGUUGGCGAGGGAGUGAAGUUCACUGAGUAGGAAACAGUAGAGGGCUAUCUAGGACUGGUUAGGUGAUGUCUGGGGAGCGGAGUGGAGCGAAGAGUGUAAUGGCAGGGGAUCAUUUUAGUUCAGAAUCGGCUCGCAUGAUAAGCGUCUGCUGCGUAAGAGUCUUGGAGGAGCGAUUUAGCGUUGUAUUUGGCUACGAUAGCCUCGAUGUAUACCCCACUCAGAGAAUCGUUUUAGAUUUGCGAGUUAGUCCUCCCACGACUCAAGUCAUGCAGCUGCUAACAAGGCUGAAUAUAGUAUUCAAAUUCGUGUCUACAUGCACAUUUCUUGCUACGACUCUUACUACGACGUGGGUUUC